AUAUUUGGACCCAGUCCUGAAGCAACCGGUCUAUUUUCAUCACCUUCAAUCCAGGAAUUUUGGCUUGUUUCAGAAUAUCACAAGUUGGGUAGCGUUUAUGACUAUCUUUCGACAGACACUGUCCUCUCCUGGGGUCAGAUGAUGCACAUUGCCGUUGGUCUGGCCCGCGGGCUUGCCCAUUUGCAUACAGAACUUCUUCCUACGUUAGCCUCUUCUGCCGCUACUAACAUAGCUCCGAUGGCUCCUAACACCAAAACUGUCUCAACAACUGCAGUAAGCACCUCCGUCUCUCCCCCUCAGAUACAGAUGUUAUCUCCAGGAGUAUCCGCGACGGCCACAGGGGCAGGAUCAAACUUAUCUGCUCUUGUGCCACCGAUCCGGCAAAUUGGCAAGCCAAGUGUAGCACAUCGCGACCUGAAAUCCAGAAACGUCCUGCUCAAGGCGGACAUGACGGCUUGCAUCGCUGAUCUCGGUUUAGCUAUUCGCUUUGAAACGGGCCAGUGUAUUGGUGAUGCUCAUCUUCAGGUAAUGGGGUUUCUCAAUUUAUAA